AUGGAUAACAGCAGAUCUGAUUUGGAUUCUUUCUGCUGCCUCCAGAAUGGAAGUAAUAAUUUGUCGUUUGCUCAGCAUCUAUCGUCUUUGCCCAAUACAGAAGCUAUAUCCUCGCUGCCAAUCACUCCUCCUGCUACUGACGCUGGCCCAGAGGAUGAAGAGGUCCUCUCCAUUGCCGUUAGAGUACUGUCCACUGAGGCCAUGGCUUUAUCGUCUCUCUCGCGGCUGUACGAAACUAACCAGGUAGCCCGGAAUGGGUUUGUGAGAGCCGUAGAGGCAAUCUCUGUAGCGGCUGUCGGGGGAGGAAAGACCGUCAUCAUCGGCGUGGGAAAGAGCGGCAAGAUCGGGGAGAAGAUGGUUGCAACAAUGAAUUCUCUGGGAUUACUAUCGGUUUUCAUGCACCCUAUUGAGGCUCUGCACGGUGACCUGGGAAUGAUUAAGCCGGUAAGCAAGCAUUUAUUAACCCCGAUUUCCCCCACUUGCACGGUAGGGAUGGUUGGUUGUCGCCAUUGAUUAGUUACUGUAUUUUUCAUUUUUUCCUUUUCUUUUCUUUUUCACCGCUUCCCUGCCCUUUCCUUGGGGCUUCCACAUGUUUUCCUUCUUUGGUUUUAUGGCUUUUCCUGUUGGGUUUGAAAUCAGACUAGUUUCCCCACUUUUUGCUUUGCUUGGUAACACCGCACUUUGCGCCCGAGCCGACCGGCGUUCCCACUCCGUCGGUCGCAGGGUAAGGCUAGCAAACAUUGCUGGUCCACCGGAUCUCACUGCAUAUUGUGGCGGGAAUCAGAGAGCUUUACUAAUUGUUGCUUUAUCUAUAGAAAGACGUCCUGCUUCUGAUCACCUUUUCCGGAAACACUCCCGAACUGAUAUCGCUACUGCCACACCUUCCAGGGCAUCUGCCACUGAUCGUGUUGACGUCGCAUACCUCGUACCACACCUCUCCAUUGACACGAGAGCACAAGAAAGCUAUCUUACUCCCCGCUCCCGUACACGAGGCGGAAGAGACUAGCUUUGGCAUCUCGGCACCCACUACCUCCACGACUGUCGCGCUGGCGGUUGGAGAUGCCCUAGCAGUGGUAUCAGCGAGGUAUGUGUACACCGGCGAGGGGGAGAAGCCCAAAGACGUGUUUAGGCGGAAUCACCCGGGUGGAGCCAUUGGAUUGGGAGCCGGAAAAGGUGUGGUGAGAAUGUCAGAUAUAGCAGUGAAUCUGGAAGAUAUCCCGGUAGUAGAUGGAAUUCUCGAAGAUGGGCGGCUAGACUCGCCGCCAAUCUCGUCCGCUAGUUCAGAGUCCGACAUGGAGAUUACCGAAUGGACUGGGACUGAUACCCCGCUUCCGGCGGCCCGUGCUGUGAGGGUUAUUGACUGCUUGCUCGCUGGUGUGGGGUCCAAGACCGGCUGGGUAAGGGUUUCGAAAGAUGAGGUGGUCCCGCCGAGGAGGUUGAAGUCUGUCCGGGGUAACGUCCAAAGGGGCGUGUAUGGAUUUGAGCCACCCCUUGUGGUUAAUAGGUCAGGAAUGAUAUGCGUGUCCGGUCAGGCAAACGCAGAAGAUGUGAAGAAGUGGGUGAUAACAUCGCGGGGGGAAGGGAAUGGAGAAUUUCCUGCGGGGACAGUACUGGGUGUUUGUGUGGGGGAUGCUGGUAAAGGAGAAGAAGUUACUGCUGUUAUUGAGGUUGAUGAGCUUAUGAGGGUUUGAAUGGAGCACGCUGCCUGCUUACUUGUCCUGCCUUCCUUUCUUUCGUUUUGCCUGUGCCGGGGCUAUCAUGAAUCAAGUUUGUUUGGCUAUCGUUACCACUCGCUUAGUGCAUUACAAUUACUAUUCUACUCCUUUUUCCUCUUUUCUUCUUUUUUCUUUUAUCUCUAUUAUUGUUGAAGCGGGUUCCCUUUUCCCUUCUGCAAUUCUUGGGGUACCUAUUUUGCGCGGGCGGCUCCUUUUCAUUGCUUUAGUUAGGUCUGGGGGGAGUUUUUUAUCUAUUUAUUUAGUUUUUUCCAGCGAGCUCGUUGCGGUCUAUACCGGGCGGGAUUUGGUGGGUAGUGGUAUGGAAAACUAGGCGAGGGGGUGAAAAGGGUGUGUGUGGAAGGAAGGGACACGACACAUAGCAUAACCUGGGGGCCGUAUUGGAAGUAUGACAAAUGGAAUAAUUUAUCUGUUCGGUUUGAUACUUAGUCCGUAGUACUA